AGAAUUGUUUCUUUAUUUCCGGCAUUUGUAAAUUGUUGGGACCUAUCAAAGAUAGAGGAAAAGAGAGAGCAAACCCUAUUAGAAAUCAUGUUCUCAUGGGGCUUCUUUAUCUUCUGUUUGCGAUUUCAACGCUUCACAUGACAGCCUUAGCCACCACUUCUCCGAGUAAUAAUAUUCACACCUACGAAAACUACAUCAAAACAUCUUGCAAUUCAACUACAUACCCAGCACUAUGCUACAAAUCCCUCUCCCCUUACGCCUUCAACAUCAAAGAAAAUCCCCACCAUCUUCGCAAAACCGCCCUCUCCAGAACCCUAAAAGCCGCGCGGAAUGCAUCCUUCACAGUGAAAAGGCUAUCGAGACAGAUGGCCGGAUUGACACCGCGUUUAGAAGCUGCAGUCAUUAAAGACUGCAUCGUGACCAUGGAAAACUCACUCGACGAGCUCAAGCAAUCCCUGAAUGCCAUGAAACAUUUAAACGAAUCGAAUGAGGAAGUGCAGCUGGAGAACAUAAAGACAUGGGUGAGUGCAGCAUUAAUCGAUGAGCAUACGUGCAUGGACGGGUUUGAGGAAGGCGGGUGGGUGAGUGCGGCGGUGAAGAACAAGAUCAGGAACAGUGUAGUGAAAAUUGCUUGGCUGACUAGCAAUGCUUUGUGUCUCAUCAACAACCUCAAACAUUAGUUGAUCAAUGCAUGCAACCCCGGCCGGCCGGCCACUGGCUAGAGCUACUAUUAAUUAAUUUUCUUCUUUCAG